GCCAGCGCAAAGCACACGUCAUGUGCAAAAAGCGAGAUAAUGAAACGUAAAAAGUGGUCUUUGCAACGGGUGCGCAUCUUUUGAGAGCAUGUCAAGAAAACACUAAAAGAAUGGUGUCAUAGGAUCUACAUCUCAAUUCAUUCAGCUGAUUGUGCAGUGACGCUGCGACUGGUAGCCCUCAGUACGUCGGCCUAGCACCAAAUUAGAUGGACUCUGCACAACAUGCGAGGGAGUAAAGUAUUGUGAGGAUGCGUCUUGGGAAGGAAGCAUUGCUUGGUCUCAAAGAAGCAUGGGCCACGCCGGGCCUCACCCCGACGAUAAAGCAACGUCCCUCAUUGGAGUGCCCAACCGCCAGGUGACAACCGGCCCCAUAUAGCAAGCAGUCCUCGCAUGGCGACGGAGCAAAGUAUUGUGUGAAUACAUAUCGGUAGCGUCUUUUGACUACAUUCUAAGCGUCCGUACCCCUUCAAGUACAAUAUAUCGUUGUAAUGCUACUGUAGCCCUGUAUUGGAUUCUGCAUUCAUGUCCGUCGUUAUUUUCAAAAGCUUUUUGGAACACUUUGGAUGGCACAGUCAGUGAGUGGCACAGUCCUCCAGCGUUUUCAAGACCGACUUGCAGAAAGGAUUCCCCACAAGCAACAUUGCCGGCAUCAUGUUUAAAAAAUUCACACCCAAAGAAGAUGUCUCUGGCAAAUCCAAAGUCAAAUCGUCUGUUCAACGCGGAAUCCGUGCAGCGAUAUUGGAGCAGUACCCAUCGCUGAACCCGUACAUUGAGGAACUCAUGCCCAAAAAGGAGCCGCUCAUACUCGUUAAAUGUCAUGAUAGAAUAAAUAUCGUUAUGGUUGGGGAGAGACUAUUGUUUUUUAACCACCAUGACGGACCUUACUAUCCCCUUUUAGAUAUCCUUCAUACAUACCCAGACAUCAUGCCAACAGUCCAGGUGGACCGCGGAGCGAUCAAGUUCGUCCUCAGCGGGGCAAAUAUAAUGUGCCCAGGUCUCACUUCCGCCGGCGCCCGAAUGGAUGUGGACCUCCCCGUUGAUUCUCCGGUAGCAAUCUUGGCGGAAGGCAAGGAACAUGCGCUUGCGGUCGGGAAAAUGGUGAUGUCGACGAGCGAUAUAAAACGGGUGAAUAAAGGCGUUGGUGUCGAUUUGAUGCAUUUUUUGAAUGAUGGGUUGUGGAAGACCAAAUCGGAGGUGUAGAUUUCACGCAUAUAGAAUCCUAUUUGUGGUGGAAGAUUGGAUGGGCAUUUAUUGAUGGGAAAGGGUUGUGGGUGGAUCUGAGGUCUUGGAUUAAUGGUGCAAUCUAACGUUGGGCAUACUCGAGAGUUUUGCAUUUUGUACAGAGACACACCGCGACAUUGUAUCUCUGCUUAUUUUUAUUUCUGGUAUAUACAUUUAUAUUUUCGUA